AUUUACUGUUCCCAUUUUAUGGGACAAGAAACUUGGAACAAUUGUCAAUAAUGAAUCCCAUGAGAUUAUGCAUAUGUUCGAUAAAGUAUUUGAUAAAUUUCUUCCAGAAGAAAAACGAAAAUCUUAUUUUCCCGAAUCUUUAAGUGCAGAAAUUGACGAAAUUGACAAAUGGUCAAGAUUUGAAGAAAACGCCCUUAUAACUGGUACUGCCAAAACUCAAAAAGAAUAUGAUGAGAAUGUUGUUGUUGUUUUUGAGAUCUUGGAUAGAAUUGAAGAAAUUUUAUCUAAAAAGCAAUUCCUCACUGGUCCCAUCUUUACCGGAGCAGAUAUCAAAGUUUGGACCAUGAUCGUAAGAUUUGAUCCACUUUGCACCAUCUUCUUAAGAUGUAAUCUCAAGCUUAUCAGAACCGAUUAUCCAAAUAUUCUUCGUUGGGCAAGAGAAAUUUAUCAAAUGCCUAAACUUGCCGAUACUUUAAAUAUGUAUCAUUGUAAACGCAUGCUACCCCCGGGGGUGGAUUCAACGAUUAUCCCUAUUUAUGAUGGACCAGCUGCUAUUGCUUGGGGACCUUCCCAAUCUUUAAGUAUUGAGGAAGUUGAAGUUGCACCCCCAAGAGGAAAAGAAGUUCGACUUCAAAUUUUGGCGACUGGUGUAUGUCAUACAGAUGCUUAUAGAUUAUCAGGAAUAGAUCCUGAGGGUUCAGAUUGGCCAGUUAUCCUUGGUCACGAAGGAGGUGGUGUAGUCGAAUCAGUCGGCGAAGGAGUAACCUCGGUGCAACCUGGUGAUCAUGUAAUUCCGUUGUAUACACCAGAAUGUCGUAAAUGUAAAUUCUGUACUAGUGGAAAGACCAAUUUAUGUUCUUCAGUGCGAUCUACUCAAGUACGUGGGUUGAUGCCUGAUGAAGAAACACGUUUCACUUGCAAAGGAAAGAAAGUUUAUCAUUUUAUGGGCUGUUCUACCUUCAGUGAAUACACUGUUGUAUUGGAAAUUUCAGUUGCUAAAAUUAAUCCCGUAGCACCGUUGGAUAAAGUUUGUUUACUUGGAUGUGGAAUCACUACUGGUUACGGGGCUGUCAUAAGGACCGCUGAUGUUCAACCUGGUUCAAGUGUUGCGGUAUUUGGUUGUGGUGGUGUUGGAUUAUCUGUUAUCUUAGGUGCAAAGGCUCGUAAUGCUAGUCAAAUUAUUGCUGUUGACAAAAAUCCCAAAAAAUUAGAAUAUGCAAAAAAAUUGGGUGCCACUUCAUGUAUCAAUCCUGAUAAAUACGAUACUCCUGUUCAACAAGUAGUUUUGAUUGAAAUGACUGACGGAGGAUUGGAUUAUACUUUUGAUGCAACAGGCAAUACUAAAGUCAUGCGUGCUGCAUUAGAGUCAUGCAUAAGAGGAUGGGGUCAAUCUGUUAUAAUUGGAGUUGCAGGUGCAGGGGAAGAAAUUUCUACACGUCCAUUUCAACUUGUAACAGGUCGAACUUGGAAAGGUACCGCAUUUGGUGGAAUCAAAGGACGUACUGAAUUACCUGCUUUUGAAAUUAUGCAUGAUGGAGAUGGGUAA